AUGGCAGCCAAAGUGACAGCCGGUGAGAGCCAAGUAGACGAGCUGAAGAAAGAGGUGAUGGAUCAGAGAAUGGAGCUGAGCGUCAAGACUGAACUGCACUUCUACAAGAACAAAAUAGAGGAACUGGAGAGCAAAGAUGCAGCCCAAACAGCAGAACUAUUCACCAUGGGCCCGAUUCAUACUUAUGAAAUGUAUACCUUUCCUACUCAUGCCUUUCCUACACACUUCUCAGUAGUUGGUAUUCAGACUUACCUUAUGGAGAAGCGUAACAAGGUUUGUGGCUCCCUUGCGCACACUGAAUACAUUUAAUUCAACCCCAGAAACACCCACUGGGUGACCUACUAAUUUGAUCAGGGAGUUGUUCAAUUAGUUUCUCUGUUAAUUUAUCUAAAGCAGUCCUUUUAAAAUACUGUGUACCUUUAAUUUCAAUUUUAUCAGCACAAGACUAGAAUGUAGCAACCUGUCAGUUCCAAGUGGAACAACAUCUACAGUGGGGAAAAAAAGUAUUUAGUCAGCCACCAAUUGAGCAAGUUCUCCCACUUAAAAAGAUGAGAGAGGCCUGUAAUUUUCAUCAUAGGUACACGUCAACUAUGACAGACAAAUUGAGAUUUUUUUUUCCAGAAAAUCACAUUGUAGGAUUUUUAAUGAAUUUAUUUGCAAAUUAUGGUGGAACUUAAGUAUUUGGUCACCUACAAAGAAGCAAGAUUUCUGGCUCUCACAGACCUGUAACUUCUUCUUUAAGAGGCUCCUCUGUCCUCCACUCGUUACCUGUAUUAAUGGCACCUGUUUGAACUUGUUAUCAGUAUAAAAGACACCUGUCCACAACCUCAAACAGUCACACUCCAAACUCCACUAUGACCAAGACCAAAGAGCUGUCAAAGGACACCAGAAACAAAAUUGUAGACCUGCACCAGGCUGGGAAGACUGAAUCUGCAAUAGGUAAGCAGCUUGGUUUGAAGAAAUCAACUGUGGGAGCAUUUAUUAGGAAAUGGAAGACACACUCAUAAUCUCCCUCGAUCUGGGGCUCCACGCAAGAUCUCACCCCGUGGGGUCAAAAUGAUCACAAGAGCGGUGAGCAAAAAUCCCAGAACCACACGGGGGGACCUAGUGAAUGACCUGCAGAGAGCUGGGACCAAAGUAACAAAGCCUACCAUCAGUAACACACUACGCCGACAGGGACUCAAAUCCUGCGGUGCAGACGUGUCCCCCUGCUUAAGCCAGUACAUGUCCAGGCCCGUCUGAAGUUUGCUAGAGUGCAUUUGGAUGAUCCAGAAGAGGAUUGGGAGAAUGUCAUAUGGUCAGAUGAAACCAUAAUAUAACUUUUUGGUAAAAACUCAACUCGUCGUGUUUGGAGGACAAAGAAUGCUGAGUUGCAUCCAAAGAACACCAUACCUACUGUGAAGCAUGGGGGUGGAAACAUCAUGCUUUGGGGCUGUUUUUCUGCAAAGGGACCAGGACGACUGAUCCGUGUAAAGGAAAGAAUGAAUGGGGCCAUGUAUCGUGAGAUUUUGAGUGAAAACCUCCUUCCAUCAGCAAGGGCAUUGAAGAUGAAACGUGGCUGGGUCUAUCAGCAUGACAAUCAUCCCAAACACACCGCCCGGGCAACGAAGGAGUGGCUUCGUAAGAAGCAUUUCAAGGUCCUGGAGUGGCCUAGCCAGUCUCCAGAUCUCAACCCCAUAGACAAUCUUUGGAGGGAGUUGAAAGUCCGUGUUGCCCAGCGACAGCCCCAAAACAUCACUACUCUAGAGGAGAUCUGCAUGGAGGAAUGGGCCAAAAUACCAGCAACAGUGUGUGAAUACCUUGUGAAGACUUACAGAAAACGUUUGACCUGUGUCAUUGCCAACAAAGGGUAUAUAACAAAGUAUUGAGAAACUUUUGUUAUUGACCAAAUACUUAUUUUCCACCAUAAUUUGCAAAUAAAUUCAUAAAAAAUCCUACAAUGUGAUUUUCUGGAGAAAAAAAAUCUCAUUUUGUCUGUCAUAGUUGACGUGUACCUAUGAUGAAAAUUACAGGCCUCUCUCAUCUUUUUAAGUGGGAGAACUUGCACAAUUGGUGGUUGACUAAAUACUUUUUUUCCCCACUGUACAUUCUUUUUUCAGAUAGAAAUAACACCAAUCUCCAUGCACUGUAAUAUAUAAAUUAAUAAGAGCUAUUGAUAAGGACUAGGUAAAUUAGUAAUCUGUUUGGAUAAGGGGAUUGUAAAUAUACACUACCGGUUAAAAGUUUCAGAACUGUGGCGGGUGAUUUGGACAGAGUCAGGCGCAGGAGGGUAAAUCACAGAAUAAAUAGUUUAUUUGGUAAGACAGCGGUACGCAGCAAUGUGUAAAACACUCCAGUGCGGUAUUACGCACUGGAGAGAACAAGGCACACAGGUGAAUAUCCUGGCGAUACAACAUACAAUAUAGUAACCUCCACAAUAAACAAUCACACACAAAGACAAGGGGGGCAGAGGGAAUAUUUAUACAGGUACUGAUGAGGGGAUAUGAACCAGGUGUGUGUAAUAAACUAGACAAAACAAAUAGAAUGAUGAGAUGAGGAGCGGCAGUGGCUAGAAGGCCGGUGACGAAUAACGCCGAAGCCUGCCCGAACAAGGAGAGGAGGCAGCUUCGGAGGAAGUCAUGACAGUACUACCCCCUCCCCUCCACCCUUUGACGCGCAGCUUCAGCAGCGCGCCGACAGGAGGGAGUAGUAACCUAUAAGUAACCUUGUUUACUCUCCUCAAGACUUUGAAAGGCCCCACAAACUGCGGCCUCAGCUUCCGGCAGGGCAGGCGGAGGGGCAGAUUCCAGGUUGGGAGCCAGACCCGAUCACCCGGUACAAAGACCGGGGCCUCACUGCGGUGGCGGUCAGCAUUGGCCUUCUGGCGAUGCACGGCAUGCUGGAGGUGGACGUGGGCAGCGUUCCACGUCUCAGCCGCAUGCCGAAACCAGUCAUCCACCGCAGGGCUAUGAUGCCACGGUGCCAGGACCGGCUGAUAACCUAAAACACAUUGAAAAUGAGAUAGGUUAGUGGAGGAGUGGCGGAGAGAGUUCUGGGCAUAUUUGGCCCAUGGAAAGAACACUGACCAAUUUUGGAGAAUCUCUUAUAAAAUGGGUUAGAAUCAUGUAUAGUAACCCUAUGUGUAAAAUAGUAAAUAAUGGCUAUUUCUCAGAAAGUUUUAAACUGUCAAGAAGAGUGAAACAAAGUUGUCCACUAUCGGCAUAUCUAUUUAUUAUGGCCAUCGAGAUGUUAGCUAUUAAAAUCAGAUCCAACAAUAAUAUCAAAGGAUUAGAAAUCCAGGGCUUAAAAAAGGUGUCAUUGUACGCUGAUGAUUCAUGUUUUCUUUUAAAUCCACAACUUGAAUCCCUCCACAGCAUCAUAGAGGAUCUAGAUACAUUUUCUAACCUCUCUGGAUUACAACCAAAUUAUGAUAAAUGUACUAUAUUACGUAUUGGAUCACUAAAAAAUAAAAAAAUUACAUCACCAUGUAGUUUACCAAUAAAAUGGUCUGAUGGUGAUGUGGAUAUACUCAGAAUACAUAUCCCAAAUGAAAUAAAUGAUCUCACUCCAAUACAUUGUAAUAGAAAGUUAGCAAAAAUAGAUUAGAUCUUGCUACCAUAGAAAAGUAAAUACCUGUCAAUUUGUGGAAAAAUCACCUUGAUUAACUCUUUAGUAUUAUCCAAAUUUACCUAUUUGCUUAUGGUCUUGCCUACGCCUAGGGAACAGUUUUUUUAAUUAUAUGAGAAGAAAAAUAUUCCAUUUUAUUUGGAACGGCAAGCCAGACAAAAUUAAACGGGCCUAUUUAUAUAAUGAAAAUGAAUUCGGAGGACAGAAAUUAUUAAAUAUUAAAGCAUUAGACCUAUCACUAAAAGCUUCAGUCAUACAAAAUGUAUACUUAAAUCCGACCUGGUUCUCUAGCAAAUUAGUAAGAUUGUCUCACCCAAUGUUCAAGAAUGGCAUUUUUCCCGUUAUUCAGAUUACAACCUCACACUUUUAGUUAUUUGAAAAGGAAAUAAUCUCCCAAAUAUCUCUAUUUCUAAAACAAGCCAUAGAAAUUUGGUUGCAAUUUCAAUUUAAUCCUCCAGAAACGACAGAACAAAUAAUGCAAUAAAUAUUGUGGUUAAACUCAAAUAUACUAAUUGAUAAAAACCCUUUUCUUUUGGACAAAAUUUUUCAAAAAGGUAUAAUCUUCGUAAACGAUAUCAUCGGUAGGACUGGUAGAGUUAUGUUGCACAUGCAGCUAACAAAAACAUAUGGAAAUGUCUGCUCUACCCAAAAUUACAACCAAAUAAUUGCAGCAUUACAACAAAAAUGGAAGAGAAAAGUGGAAGGGGGAAAAUGUAAGGAACUUGUCUGUCGGCCUUGCAUUAAAGAACAUAAUUGGUUAAAGAAAACUAUGAUAAAUAACCCGUUUCAUUUAAGGACCAAAGGAUUGACAGCCGUCCCGUAUAGAUUGCAAAAUAGUUGGGAAGAGAUUUUUGACGUACCGAUCCCAUGGCAUAGUGUUUAUGAACUGAUAUGCAAAACGACGCCGGAUUCAAAACGUAGAAUUUUUCAAUUUAAAUUAUUAUAUAAAAUGAUUGCUACCAAUAUAAUAUUAUAUAUAUAUAUAUGUGGGAUACAAUCUUCCCAGCUCUGCAGAUUUUGCUGCGAAGAGACAGAAUCAUUAGAUCAUUUGUUUUGGUACUGUCCAUUUUUAGCUUGUUUUUGGACACAGGUCCAGGAAUGGCUGAAGGAUUGCAAUAUUUACCUGGAGCUAACCCUGCAGAUAGCAUUACUGGGUGAUCUGAAAAGUCAUAGUCAAUCGAUCAAUAAUAUAAUAAUACUUUUAGCAACAAUUUUUUUUUUUCAAUUUACCAUCUGUAGAAACAAUGAGAAUAGAAAGGUUCAGAACUUUUGUAAAACACUACAGUACAGUUGAAAAAUAUAUGGCAAAUGGAAAUCCAAUAUGGAUGGUGUUAAGAGAUAGAUGGGUGGUGUUGAAUAGAGUUGAAGGAUGGGACUAAUAGCAACUAACAACAACUAAUAACAACAAGAUAACUAAUAAUGUAAGCAUACUGUGUCCAUAAUUAGUAUAUAGGUUAUAGGUUGAGAGCUUUUGUGAAAGAGCACAGUUAGAAAGAUAUGGCAUAUAGAAGCAAACCGGAUGGACAUCAUGAAAAUGAACGUAGAGGUUGAGGGUAGAGGAAGUUCAGGAGUAAAAACAAACAAAAUAUAAUUAUUGUAAAAUUGACUGUGUCCAUAAAAUGUAUAUAGUAUGCUUAAGCUGGAAGUAGAGGCCUAAGCAUUGUUGUUCACUAGUUUACUCCAAUUAGAGAAGGGGUGGUGGGGUUGGAAAGUAAUGAAGGGAAAAAAAAUGUUUUUAAAGAAAUGUAUAUGUAUGUGUAUUUAUGUAUAUAUAUAUAUAUAUAUAUAUAUAUGUCAUGGUCAAAAGUUUUGAGAAUUACACAAAUAUUAAUUUUCACAAAGUCUGCUGCCUCAGUUUUUAUGAUGGCAAUUUGCAUAUACUCCAGAAUGUUAUGAAGAGUGAUCAGAUGAAUUGCAAUUAAUUGCAAAGUCCCUCUUUGCCAUGAAAAUAACCUUAAUCCCCAAAAAACAUUUCCACUGCAUUUCAGCCCUGCCACAAAAGGACCAGCUGACAUCAUGUCAGUGAUUCGCUCAUUAACUUAGGUGAGAGUGUUGACGAGGACAAGGCUGGAGAUCACUCUUUCAUGCUGAUUAAGUUAGAAUAACAGACUGGAAGCUUUAAAAGGAGGGUGGUGCUUGAAAUCAUUGUUCUUCCUCUGUUAACCAUGGUUACCUGCAUGGAAACACGUGUCAUCAUCAUUGCUUUGCACAAAAAGGGCUUCACAGGCAAGGAUAUUGCUGCUAGUAAGAUUGCACCUAAAUCAACCAUUUAUCGGAUCAUCAAGAACUUCAAGGAGAGAGGUUCAAUUGUUGUGAAGAAGGCUUCAGGGCACCCAAGAAAGUCCAGCAAGCGCCAGGACCGUCUCCUAAAGUUGAUUCAGCUGCGGGAUCGGGGCACCACCAGUGCAGAGCUUGCUCAGGAAUGGCAGCAGGCAGGUGUGAGUGCAUCUGCAUGCACAGUGAGGCGAAUACUUUUGGAGGAUGGCCUGGUGUCAAGAAGGGCAGCGAGGAAGCCACUUCUCUCCAGGAAAAACAUCAGGGACAGACUGAUAUUCUGCGAAAGGUACAGGGAUUGGACUGCUGAGGACUGGGGUAAAGUCAUUUUCUCUGAUGAAUCUCCUUUCCGAUUGUUUGGGGCAUCCGGAAAAAAGCUUGUCCGGAGAAGACAAGGUGAGCGCAACCAUCAGUCCUGUGUCAUGCCAACAGUAAAGCAUCCUGAGACCAUUCAUGUGUGGGGUUGCUUCUCAGCCAAGGGAGUGGGCUGACUCACAAUUUUGCCUAAGAACACGAAUAAAGAAUGGUACCAACACAUCCUCCGAGAGCAACUUCUCCCAACCAUCCAAGAACAGUUUGGUGACGAACAAUGCCUUUUCCAGCAUGAUGGAGCACCUUGCCAUAAGGCAAAAGUGAUAACUAAGUGUCUCUGGAACAAAACAUCAACAUUUUGGGUCCAUGGCCAGGAAACUCCCCAGACCUUAAUCCCAUUGAGAACUUGUGGUCAAGCCUCAAGAGGCGGGUGGACAAACAAAAACCCACAAAUUCUGACAAACUCCAAGCAUUGAUUAUGCAAGAAUGGGCUGCCAUCAGUCAGGAUGUGGCCCAGAAGUUAAUUGACAGCAUGCCAGGGCGGAUUGCAGAGGUCUUGAAAAAGAAGGGUCAACACUGCAAAUAUUGACUCUUUGCAUAAACUUAAUAUAAUUGUCAAUAAAAGCCUUUGGCACUUAUGGAAUGCUUGUAAUUAUAUUUCAGUAUACCAUAGUACCAUCUGACAAAAAUAUCUAAAAACACUGAAACAGCGAACUUUGUGAAGACCAAUAAUUGUGUCAUUCUCAAAACUUUUGACCAUGACUGUAUGUAUGUAUGUGUGUAUAUAUAUAUAUAUAUAUAUAUUUGUGAGGGGAAAAAAACAUAUGGGGGAUUGGAAGCGAUGCAGACAAUUGCAUUGAUGGAAGUUACAAUCUAUCUGCAAUAUUAAAGCUGAUCUAUCCCCUAAAAGAAAAAAGAAAAAGAAAAAAGAACACCGACCACUCCCCCGGCCGGUCCUGGCAGUAGGACCGCAGGAACCUACCCACAUUCUGAUUCACCUGUUCCACCUGUCCAUUAGACUCGGGGUGAAACCCAGAGGUCAGGCUGACCGAGACCCCCAGACAUUCCAUGAAAGCCUUCCAGACCCUGGAUGUAAACUGGGGACCCCGGUCAGACACUAUGUCCUCUGGCUCCCCGUAGUGCCGGAAGACGUGAGUAAACAGGGCUGCCGCAGUUUGCAGGGCCGUGGGGAGACCGGGCAGAGGAAGGAGGUGGCAGGCUUUAGAAAAGCGGUCCACAUCGACCAGGAUGGUGGUGUUACCCUGAGAGAGGGGAAGAUCAGUGAGGAAGUCAAUUGACAAGUGGGACCAUGGCCAUUGUGGAACUGGUAAGGGAUGUAACUUAACCGCUGGGAGGUGCCUAGGUGCCUUACUCUGGGUGCACACCAAGCAGGAGGAGACAUACACCCUCACGUCCUUAGCCAAGGUAGGCCACCAGUACUUCCCGGUCAGGCAGCGCGCUGUACGGCCAAUACCUGGGUGACCAGAGGAGGGAGACGUGUGUGCCCAAAAGAUAAGACGGUCAAGGACAAGAGACGGCACGUACCGCAGCACAGCUCGGCACUGAGAUGGAGAUGGCUCUGUGCGUAACGCCCGCUCUAUGUCCGCGUCCACCGCCCACACUACCGGCAACACAAUGCAGGAGGAUGGGAGUAUGGGGGUGUUGUCUAUGGGACUCUCCUCUGUGUGGUACAGCCGUGACAGCACGUCUGCCUUCACGUUCUUAGUACCUGGUAUGUAUGACAACGUGAAAUCAAACCAGGUGAAGAACAAGGCACACCUGGCCUGGCGAGGGUUCAGCCUCCUCACUGCCUGGAUAUACUCCAGGUUACGGUGGUCAGUCCAGACGGGGAAAUAGUUUUUCGCCCCCUCAAGCCAGUGCCUCCACGCGGUCAGGGCUCUGACAACAGCCAACAGCUCCCGAUCACCAACGUCAUAGUUCUGCUCCGCCGGGCUGAGCUUCUUAGAGAAAAAGGCACAGGGGUGGAGCUUGGGUGGCAUGCCUGAGCGUUGGGAUAGGACAGCACCUAUCCCUACCUCGGACGCAUCCACCUCCACUACGAACGGUAUUGAUGGAUCGGGAUGAGCCAGUACCGGGGCUAAGGUGAACAGAGCCCUCAUGUUACUGAAAGCCCUGUCAGCCUCAGCAGACCAGCGGAGCCGGGACGGCCCACCCUUCAACAGGUGAUGGGAGCUGCGAUCUUGCCAAAGCCCCGGAUAAACCUCCGAUAAUAAUUGGAAAACCCAAUAAAGCGCUGCACCUACUUUACCGUGGUUGGAGUCGGCCAAUUACGCACGGCUGAAAUGCUGUAUCCCUCCAUCUCCACACCUGAGGUGGUGAUGUGGUAUCCGAGGAAGGAGACGGACUGUUGGAAGAACAGACACUUUUCUGCCUUGGCAUACAGGUCAUGCUCCAACAGUUGGCCCAGCACUCUGCGAACCAGGGACACAUGCUCGGCACGCGUAGCGGAAUACACCAGAAUGUCAUAGAUGUAGACCACCACACUGCAACCAAGCAUGUGCCGAAACACCUCGUUCACAAAGGACUGGAAGACUGAUGGAGCAUUCAUCAACCCGUACGGCAUCACCUGGUAUUCGUAAUGCCCCUUGGUUGUGCUGAAUGCUGUCUUCCACUCGUCCCCUUCCCGGACACGCACCAGGUUGUACGCACUCCGGAGAUCUAAUUUCGUGAAGAAGCGCGCCCCAUGCAUUGAUUCGAUAACAGAGGAGAUGAGGGAUAGAGGGUAACAAUAGCGAAUGGUAGUUUGAUUAAGUGCCCAGUAAUCAAUGCAAGGGCGCAGACCUCUGUCUUUCUUCUUCAUGAAAAAGAAACUCGAGGAGCCAGACGAAGUGGAGGGACGUAUGAACCCCUGGUGCAGGGACUCGGAGACGUAUGUCUCCAUAGCCUCCGUUUCAGCCAGCGACAAGGGAUAGACAUUACUCCUGGGAGGCACAGCGUCUAACUGGAGGUUUAUUGCGCAAUCCCCCGCCCGAUGGGGUGAUAAUUUGGUUGCCUGCGUUUUGGAAAACGCGUGUGCCAAGUCGAGGUAUUCGGGGGGAAUGUGCACGGUGGAGGUAGUGUCUGGACUUUCCACCGUUGUUGCACCAACGGAAACAGCUUGACACUUACCCUGACACUCUCGUGACCACCCCGUGAGAACCCUCUGCGGCCAUGAAAAGGUGGGGUCGUGUAGUGCGAGCCAGGGAAGACCCAACACAACAGGGAAAUCAGGGGAAUCAAUUAUAAAAAAGGUGAUUUGCUCUCUAUGGGUCUCCUGCAUAAUCAUCGUGACUGGUGCUGUAACCUCCCUAACAUAACCUGACCCUAAUGGUCAACUGUCAAGUGCUUUGAUGGGCAAUGAAAUGGGUAGGGUAACCAUAGACUAUUAGCUAAAGACCUGUCCAUGAAGUUCCCAGCUGCGCCUGAAUCGACCAGCGCCUUACACUGGGGAACUACUGUGUAAUCAGGGAAGGUGACGUGUAUGGUGAAGUGCGCAGCAGAGGGCUCUGAACGAUUGUGGGUUUGCGCUACCUGGGGUGACGCGAGAGUGCCCUGCCUGCCACCUCCAGACCCAGAAAAACUCUGACGACAGCGUGCAGCAGAGUGUCCUCACUUGCCACAAGAGUGACACUGGAGUUGUCGUCCUUCGUUCUCCUGGAUCGCUGCACCACCCAGCUCCAUCGGAACGUAAUCCGGGGUUGAAGGGGGGUGAAACAGGCAGGCCCCUUCCAGGAUGUCCUCUGGAAGCCAGCAGGUUGUCCAACCGGAUGGCCAUGUCCAACAGCUGGUUGAAAGUCAACGUGGUAUCCCGGCAGGCUAGCUCCCUUCGGACGUCCUCUCGCAGGCUGCACCGGAAGAGGUCGAUGAGGGCCUGCUCAUUCCACCCGGACCCAGCCGCUAGAGUUCUAAACUCCAGGGCAAAGUCCUGCGCGGUCCUUGUCCCCUGCCUCAGAUGGACCAGCCGCUCACCCGCCUCUCUUCCUUCGGGAGGGUGAUCGAAGACUGCCCGGAAGAGGCGAGUGAACUCCUCGCAGUUGUCCAACGUGUCUCCUCCUUCACUCCAGACUGCGUUGGCCCACUCCAGGGCUUUUCCCAAGAGGCAGGAGACGAGGGCGGACACCUUCUCCCGCUCCGAUGGAGCCGGGAUGAUGGUAGAAAAAUAGAGGUCCAGCUGCAGGAGGAAUCCCUGGCAGUGGCAGCUGUCCCGUCAUACUCCAUCGGUCGGGAUAGGUGAAUCCCUCUGGGUGCUGGGGUGUGGGUGGCUGGAUCCGGUCGCUCAGCUGGUCCCGAAGGGUCGGGUCCUCUCCUCUCCAGCCGUUGGACGACCUGGAGAACCCAAUCCAUCGCUUCGCCCAAGCUGGCUAACAUGUUGGAAUGCUCCCGGACCCGCUCCAUGACUCCAGGCAUAUUCCUGUCUCCUGCUGACUCCAUGCUGUUGGGUGUGUGAUUCUGUGGCGGUUGAUUUGUACGGAGUCAAGCGCAGGAGGAACGGUACGCAUCAAUGCGUAAAACACCCCAGUGCGGUAUUAUGGCGCAUUGGAGAGAACAAGGCACACGGGUGAAUAUCUCAGCGAUACAAAAUACAAUAUAGCUCCACCAAGCUAUGGUAAACUCCACAAUAAACAAUCACACACAAAGACAAGGGGGGCAGAGGGAAUACUUAUACAGGUACUGAUGAGGGGAUAUGAACCAGGUGUGUGUAAUAAACAAGACAAAACAAAUGGAUGAGAUGAGGAGCGGCAGUGGCUAGAAGGCCGGUGACGACGAACGCCGAAGCCUGCUCGAACAAGGAGAGGAGGCAGCUUCGGAGGAAGUCGUGACAAGAACACCUACUCAUUCAAGGGUUUUUCUUUAUUUUUACUAUAUUUUCUACAUUGUAUAAUAAUAGUGAAGACAUCAAAACUAUGAAGUAACACAUAUGGAAUCAUGUAGUAACCAAAAAAGUGUUAAACAAAUGAAAAUAUGUUAUAUUUGAGAUUCUUCAAAUAGCCACCCUUUGCCUUGAUGACAGCUUUGCACACUUUUGGCAUUCUCUCAACCAGCUUCAUGAGGGAGUCACCUGGAAUGCAUUUCAAUUAACAGGUGUUCCUUGUUAAUUUAAUUUGUGGAAUUUAUUUCCUUAUUAAUGCAUUUGAACCAAUCAGUUGUGUUGUGACAAGGUAGGGGUGGUAUACAGAAGAUAGCCCUAUUUGGUAAAAUACCAUAUUAUGGCAAGAGCAGCUCAAAAAAGGAAAGAGAAAUGACAGUCCAUCAAUACUUUAAGACAUGAAGGUCAGUCAAUACGGAAAAUGUCAAGUUUCUUCAAGUGCAGUUGCAAAAGCCAUCAAGCGCAAUGAUGAAACUGGCUCUCAUGAGGAUUGCCACAGGAAUGGAAGACCCAGAGUUACCUCUGCUGCAGAGGAUAAGUUCAUUAGAGUUACCAGCCUCAGAAAUUGCAGCCAAAAUGAAUGAGUUCAAUUAACAGACACAUCUCAACAUUAACUGUUCAGAGGAGACACUGUCUGUGAUUUAUUUAGAAUUCAAGGCACACUUAACCAGCAUGGCUACCGCAGCAUUCUGCAGCGAUACGCCAUCCCAUCUGGUUUGGGCUUAGUGGGACUAUCAUUUGUUUUUCAUCAGGACAAUGACCCAACACACCUCCAAACUGUGUAAGGGCUAUUUUACCAAGAAGGAGAGUGUUGGAGUGCUGCAUCAGAUGACCUGGCCUCCACAAUCCCCUGACAUCUACCAAAUUGAGAUGGUUUGGGAUGAGUCGGACCACAGAGUGAAGGAAAAGCAGCCAACAAGUGCUCAGCGUAUGUGGGAACUCCUUCAAGACUGUUGGAAAAGCAUUCCAGGUGAAGCUGGUUGAGAGAAUGCCAAGAGUGUGCAGAGCUGUCAUCAAGGCAAACGGUGGCUAUUUGAAGAAUCUGAAAUAUAAAAUAUAUUUUGAUUUGUUUAACACUUUUUUGGUUAUUACAUGAUUUCAUAUGUGUUAUUUCAUAGUUUUGAUGUCUUCACUAUUAUUCUACAAUAUAGAAAAUAGUAAAAAUAAAGAAAAACCCUUGAAUGAGUAGGUGUUCUAAAACGUUUGACCGGUAGCGUAGGCUAAAUUACAAUUGUUUACAUAUAUGUUACCUUAUGAUCUCUGGAGACAAAUGUGAAACCAGUCAUAUUUCAGCUAAAUGAAAAGCAUGUUAACAAGACAGGUAUUUCGGCCUCUUUUCCACAGUGAAGUAUAAAUAGCUGUGUGGUUUUUCAGAAUUUUAAUUGUAGGCCUCUGGCUUCAUAAUUUACAGGAGCAAGAUUUGGAGACCCAAGCCGAGGCUGUAGCCUAUGGAAACCCAUCCACACUGACAGCGAAAAAAAAUUAUUUUUCGUUUUUUAAACAACUAAUUGACCAAGUCGGUUUAAUUAUUUGAAUUCCAUUUCGUUCUGUGAGCUCAAUGCCUACAUUGCACAGUUUCUCUAGAGUUAAAAGUUGUAGUUUCCAACAGGCCAAUAUUCUGCAUAGUUAAGCACAUAAUAUGUGGUAAUUAACUACAAUGAUCAUAAUCCAUUGCGCACCUACUUGUCCAGUCUGUGUGUUUCUUUUAUGCGAUUGUGAGGGGAUAUAGAGAGCAGCUGUUGCUUUGCGAGGUAUCUCUACGUGAAAAUACAUGAUCUAAGUGAUUAAUAGGUGGUAUUCAGCAGUCAUAAAAUGAUGCCUUAUUUACUUUGAAGAACUACAAAAUAGUGAUUUUGUCAGACUGCAUAGGCAGCAGCUCUAUAGAGAUGAGAUGAUAACUUGGAAUAAAAUAAUAAAGUCAUCAAAUAAAACAAAUGUAAUAUAUACAACAACUUAAAUAUUUUAUUGUAAUGUGAAUAAAUUAUUGUUAAUAAGUGAUAAGCAGUAAUGGGCAAGCACUAACAUCACCACUUUGUAUUAACUUCGUUAUCGGCGGUCACAGAGAGACAGAUCAACGUCUUGAUUGUAUGUUUAGCAGAGAUCUUCUGUGUUUAAAGUGACACGGUAGGGAAAAAACGCAACGAAGGACGCACUUAGCUGUUCUAUGAGUGGCCUGAGGCAGACGGUAAAUAACGAGCGUUUUCAAGUGCAACUUUAGUAACAAUGGUUUUGGGAAACAGCUCAGAGAUUUAACGAUGUUCCUACGAAGGUUCUAAUGAGGAACUUAGCCUUAAGAUGCUUUUGGAAAACCGGGCCCUGAACCGUUCUCUCCAUACAUUCUAGUGAGUUUGUCUAGAAAAUUCAGGUACACCAAAUGUAAAGGGGUGGCUUUAGAUAAAUGUACUAAAAACCCUAUUGAAUGAACUCCACAAGAAAAUCUGUUGGCCAGGAAGUGGGAGGGUUGUCAGCUGUUGAAUUAAAUAUAUUUAGUGUGCGCAAGGGAACUACGUCUGAAUACCAACUACUGAAAAGUGCAUAGGAAAGUUGUGCAUAAGAAAGGUGUACUUUUCCUAAGUAUGAAUCGGGUCCAUGGUGAAUAGUUCUGCUGUUUGGGCUGCAUCUUUGCUCUCCAGUUCCUCUUCUUUGUUCUUGUAGAAGUGCAGUUCAGUCUUAGUGACACUCACCUCCAGUCUCUGAUCCAUCACCUCUUUCUUCAGCUCCUCUACUUGGCUCUCACCGGCUGUCACUUUGGCUGCCAUGUUCCUCAGCUCCACUCUCUGCUCCACCACCAUGUCUCUCAGCAGUCUCAGCUCACUCCAGAUGUCAGCGGUUUUGUCUGUGUCUUUGUAACAUCACUUUCCGUGCUCUCUCCCCAUUCCUGUGACCCUGUUGAGUGAUGUAAUUCUCUCUAACCUCUCCACUCUCUCCCUGUGCACAUGCCACAGAGAGGCAGAACAGCAACAACAGCAGCAUUACAGUACUACCCAUUCUUAAAUUAAUACCUCAAACUAAUUAAGCAUACUGGACUCAGUCCCUUUAUAUACCAACUGGUCUUUGUGGACCAGUACAUGGGAAAUUAACACUUGUUCAAGGUUGAAAUUUCGAGCUCAUUGUUAAGGACUGUGGAUGAUAACAUAAUACAGGUACAGAUUAUUCCAUGCCAAGUCAUUCACAUUUUGGUUGUUGACGGAGCCAUGGGACAGUCAAACCUGUUACUUAGUCCUAAACUAGGUCAUCUUGUGUGUCUAAGCUUGUGAAAACCCAUAUGUGCAGGUUGAAGCUCUAUGUGGUACAGUGGGUCAGCUCGAUACAAUCUAUCUUCACAUCAAUGUCCAUUAAUGUGUGAUAGAGAGGCUGUGUUGUUAGGACGAAUAACAGCUCAAGCAGGGUUAUAACCUCAGUGUCCCCUGAUAACCAGUGUAAUCACACCUGUGUGGCGUGUUCACCUGGUAGAGCCUCUGUUACAGUGUAAUGUGUCUACAAUGUUUAGGCGUCAAGCAUCUGAACACUCAGAGUAGAGGUCAAGCGUUUGCUCCUGUGCCUUUUAAAUCACAAUGAAUGUAAUUAUAUGGACAGAGGGGACCUGAUCCUAGAUCAAAACUCCAAUUGUGAGAUGCUUAGACCCAUGGGGAGGCGCACAAUUGGCCCAGUGUCGUCCAGGGUAGGGGAGGGAAUGGCCGGCAGGAAUGUAGCUCAGUUGGUAGAGCAUGGAGUUUGCAACUCCAGGGUUGUGAGUUCGAUUCCCACGGGGGGCCAGUAUGAAAAAUAAAAAUGUAUACACUCACUAACUGUAAGUCGCUCUGGAUAAGAGUGUCUGCUAAAGGACUCAAAUGUAAAAUGUAGAUGCUUGAUACAUAUGGCCCCUGAGGGCUUCCUGUGUUGGCCCUGCAGUCUUUUAUCACGGCCCAGCAUCUCUAAUGGAUCUCUCUCCAGCUGCCUUUGUUCUCAGAACAAUCUCAUGAAAUGUUAAUGCAUGGCCAAGGAUGGAAUGUCACCCUCACUUUCUCCCUCUCUUUCAUCCCCCCAUCUCCAAUCCCCUUUCCUUCUCUACUUCUCUCCUGUAUCAACUUCACCUUAUUUUUUCUCUCUACCUUUUUCGGUGUUACAACCUUCAUCUUUCUCUUUCUCUCUAUCUCCCUCUUUCUCUCUCUCUCUCUUUCUCUCUCUCACUCUCUCCCUCUUUCCCCUCAACCCUCUCUCUCUCUCCUGCAGGAUGUUUGACGUGGGCGGCCAACGCUCAGAGAGGAAGAAGUGGAUCCAUUGUUUUGAAGGAGUCACAUCCAUCAUAUUCUGUGUGGCGCUGAGUGCUUAUGACCUGGUGCUAGCUGAGGAUGAGGAGAUGGUGAGGAGGAAGAGUCACCUAUCCUAUCCUAUUAUAUUUCUAUGAUCCACAUAUUUUCAACUGGUCACUCGUUACUUGUCAUCAUGUCGUGGGCUACACAGAACAUCCAUAUACUGUACAUAUUAUAAAGCAUAUGUUACAUCUCUACAUAAUAUACUGUAUGUGCACUGGAAUAGGCUAUUAGAUUAGAUAUAUUUUAUUUUAUAGGGGUGUAAAUGUAAUUGAUAAUCAAAUCAAAUCAAAUGUUAUUUGUCACAUGCUUCAUAGACAACAGGUGUAGACUAACAGUGAAAUGCUUACUUAUGGGUUCAUUUCCAACAAUGCAGAGUUAAAGAUAAGAUAUACACUACCAGUCAAAAGUUUGGACACACCUACUCAUUCAAGGGUUUUUCUUUAUUUUUACAAUUUCUACAUUGUAGAAUAAUAGUGAAGACAUCCAAACUAUGAAAUAACACAUAUGGAAUCAUGUAGUAACCAAAAAGGUGUUAAACAAAUCAAAAUAUAUUUUAUAUUUGAGAUUCUUCAAAUAGCCACCCUUUGCCUUGAUGACAGCUUUGCACACUCUUGGCAUUCUCUCAACCAGCUUCAUGAGGUAAUCACCUGGAAUGCAUUUCAAUUAGCAGGUGUGCCUUCUUAAAAGUUAAUUUGUGGAAUUUCUUUCCUUCUUAAUGUGUUUGAGCCAAUCAGUUGUGUUGUGACAAGGUAGGGGUGGUAUACCGAAGAUAGCCCUAUUUGGUAAAAGACCAAGUCCAUAUUAUGGCAAGAACAAAUCAAAAAAGCAAAGAGAAACGACAGUCCAUCAUUACUUUAAGACAUGAAGGUCCGUCAAUAUGGACAAUUUUAAGAACUUUGAAAGUUUCCAUCAAAAAAAAACAUCAAGCGCUAUGAUGAAACUGGCUCUCAUGAGGAGCGCCACAAGAAUGGAAGACCCAGAGUUACCUCUGCUGCAGAGGAUAAGUUCAUUAGCAUUACCAGCCUCAGAAAUUGCAGCCCAAAUAAAUGCUUCACAGAGUUCAAGUAAAAGACACAUCUCAACAUCAACUGUUCAGAUGAGACUGUGUGAAUCAGGCCUUCAUGGUCGAAUUGCUGCAAAGAAACAACUACUAAAUGACACCAAUAAGAAGAAGAGACUUGCUUGGGCCAAGAAACAAGAGCAAUGGACAUUAGACUGGUCGAAAUGUGUCCUUUGGUCUGGAGUCCAAAUUUGAGAUUUUUGGUUCCAACAGCUGUGUCUUUGUGAGACGCGGUGUGGGUGAGAGGAUGAUCUCCGCAUGUGUAUUUCCCACCGUAAAGCAUGGAGGAGGAGGUGUUAUGGUGUGGGGGUUCUUUGCUGGUGACACUGUCUGAUUUAUUUAGAAUUCAAGGCACACUUAACCAGCAUGGCUACCACAGCAUUCUGCUGCGAUACGCCAUCCCAUCUGGUUUGGGCUUAGUUGGGCUAUCAUUUGUUUUUCAUCAGGACAAUGACCCAACACACCUCCAGGCUGUGUAAGGGCUAUUUUACCAAGAGGGAGAGUGAUGCGGGGAUGCAUCAGAUGACCUGGCCUCCACAAUCACCCGACCUCAACCCAAUCGAGAUGGUUUGGGAUGAGUUGGACCGCAGAGUGAAGGAAAAGCAGCCAACAAGUGCUCAGCAUAUGUGGGAACUCCUUCAAGACUGUUGGAAAAGCAUUCCAGGUGAAGCUGGUUGAGUGAAUGCCAAGAGUGUGCAACGCUGUAAUCAAGGCAAAGGGUGGCUAUUUGAAGAUUUGUUUAACACUUUUUUGGUUACUACAUGAUUCCAUAUGUGUUAUUUAAUAGUUUUGAUGUCUUCACUACAAUGUAGAAAAUAGUAAAAAUAAAGAAAAACCCUUGAAUGAAUAGGUGUGUCCAAACUUUUAACUGGUACUGUAUACUGUAUACACUACAUGACCAAAAGAUCUCAUUCCAAAAUCAUGGACAUUAAUAUGGAGUUGGUCCCCCCUUUGCUGCUGUAACAGCCUCCACUCUUCUGGGAAGGCUUUCCACUAGAUGUUGGAACAUUGCUGUGGGGACCUGCUUCUAUUCAGCCACAAGAGCAUUGGUGAGGUUGGGCACUGAUGUUGGGCGAUUAGGCGUGGCUCACUGUCGGCGUUCCAAUUCAUCCCGAAUGUGUUCGAUAUGGUUGAGGUCUUCCACACCGAUCUCGACAAACAAUUUCUUUAUGGACCUCGCUUUGUUCACGGGGGCAUUGUCAUGCUGAAACAGGAAAGAGCCUUCCCUAAACUUUUGCCACAAAGUUGGAAGCACAGAAUCGUCUACAAAGUAAUUAUAUGCUGUAUGUAGCGUUAAGAUUUCCCUUCACUGGAACUAAGGGGCCUAGCCCGAUCCAUGAAAAACAGCCCCUGACCAUUAUUCCUCCUCCACCAAACUUUACAGUUGGCACUAUGCAUUGGGGCAGGUAGCGUUUUCCUGGCAUCCGCCAAACAGAUUCGUCCGUUGGACUGUCAGAUGGUGAAGCGUGAUUCAUCACUCCAGAGAAUGUGUUUCCACUGCUCCAGAGUCCAAUGGCGGCGAGCUUUACACCACUCUAGCCGACGCUUGGCAUUGCGCAUGGUGAUCUUAGGCUUGUCUGCUGCUGCUCGGCAAUGGAAACCCAUUUCAUGAAGCUCCCGAUGAACAGUUCUUGUGCUGACAUUGCUUCCAGAGGCAGUUUGGAACUCGGUGGUGAAUGUUGCAACCGAGGACAGACGAUUGGCCUACCACCUCACGGCUGAGCCAUUGCUGCUCCUAGGCAUUUCCACUUAAUGAUAACAGCACUUACAGUUGGAAAGGUGGUAUCCUAUGACGGUGCCACGUUGAAAGUCACUGAGCUUUUCAGUAAGGCCAUUCUACUGCCAAUUUUUGUCUAUGGAGAUUGCAUGUAGGAGAGAUAGUUAAAAAAAGGGUCAAUUCAGGUAGUCUGGGCAUCCUUUUGGCUUUGGGGUAGAAGCCUUUCAGGGUCCUGUUAGUUCCAGACUUGGCACAUUGGUACCGCUUGCCAUGCGGUAGCAGAGAGAACAGUCUGUUGCUUGGGUGGCUGGAGUCUUUGACAAUUAUUUGGGCCUUCCUCUGACACCACCUCGUAUAGAAGUCCUGGAUGGCAGGUAGCUCGGCCCCAGUGAUGUACUGGGCCAUACGCACUACCCUCUGUAGCACCUUGCGGUCAGAUGCCAAGCAGUUGCCAUACCAGUCAAGAUGAUGUUGCCAGUCAAGAUGCUCUCGAUGGUGCAGCUGUAUAACUUUUUGAGGAUCUGAGGGCCCAUGCCAACUCUUUUCAGGCUCCUGAGUGGGAAGAGGAGUUGUCGUGCCCUCUUCACGACUCUGUUGGUUUGUUUGGACCAUGAUAGGUCUUUAGUGAUGUGGACACUGAGGAACUUGAAGCUCUCAACCUGCUCCAAUACAGCCCCGUCGAUGUGAAUGGGGGGAGUGCUCGGCCCUCCGUUCCCUGUAGUCCAUGAUCAUCUCCUUUGUCUUACUGACGUUGAGGGAGAGGUUAUUGUCCUGGCACCCCACUGAUAUACCACUCACACAAUAUUUACAGUAAGUGUGGGCUGAGGACUUAAUAACCUGAAGAGCAGUUAAAUCUGCUAAGAUAUCAUCAAAUUCCUGUGCAAUGAUCCAUUUGUUUCCUUCACUUUGGUGUGAAGCACCAAAUCAAUACACCGCUUAUGUAAGUACAGGAAAGAAUAAGAUGGAAAGAGCCAUCCUACUUCACAGACACUGCAUUUUGUGAUCCCACGUUAAUUCAAUAGUCUUGUUAAGCAGUUAUAGCUCACUAAUUCUUAGGACCAAAUAGACCAUUGAUAUAUUUCUAUGGAUGUUAUAUAGACGUUCACCUGAUUUACUUCUUAUUGGUCCCUUUUUUCUAUGGCACAAUAAUCCAUUUUUAUCAGUGUGCGAACAAUAUGCUUCCUCUCACCAUCCCCCUAACACAAAGACACUCUCAGCUUCUCUAUCUCUACUACUGCAGUGAGAGAGGAGAAAGCAUAGACACAUUCACAAAAUACAUACUGUACCACUAGCCUAUACAGCUAGAUUUCAAAUGUGAGGAGUCACUGCCCCCUGGUGGCAGAUUUGAUGUUUUAUCCUUUGUCCUUGGAGGCGAUGUGACCAAGUAUUUAUCUGUCUGGCUCUGUCUGUCUGCCUGUCUGCCUGUCUGCCUGUCUGCCUGUCUGCCUGUCUGUCUGUCUGUCUGUCUGUCUGUCUGUCUGUCUGUCUGUCUGUCUGUCUGUCUGUCUGUCUGUCUGUCUGUCUGUCUGUCUGUCUACCAGAACCGGAUGCAUGAGAGCAUGAAGCUGUUUGACUCCAUCUGCAACAACAAGUGGUUCACAGAGACCUCCAUCAUCCUCUUCCUCAACAAGAAGGAUCUGUUUGAGGAGAAGAUUACAUGCAGCCCCUUGUCUAUUUGCUACCCCGAGUACACAGGUAGAGAAUCUUACCAAUGUAUCCCCACUGGGCACAGACAUAAAUUCAAAGCCUAUUCCACGUUUGUUCAACGUAAUUUCAUUGAAAUGAUGUGGAAACAACGUUGAUUCAACCAGUGUGUGCCCAGUGGGUCUGUAGCACUGCAACAUAAAGCAGCUGCAGUGCACUCUGACAGAGAAAUCAUGUAGUUGUGAUUGUUGAGGCUAUAGCUACUUCAGCUGCAAUAGUAGCUCUAGCCGUUUAUUACUGAUGGUAUCAGCAGCAGUUGAAACAGUGACAGAAUAUUGGGGGAUAUUGAGCUUACCAGUGAUGAUUUCUAAGAGAUGUCAACUUAUAAUUCAUUAAUAGUGUUUUAUCUUGGAAUCAAUCAAUUGUAAUGUCUGGCAUCUCAUCACAUGCUAUAAUGUUUUAUUUAUUUUUACUAUUUUUAUCCCUUGCUACUCAGGAGCCAACAAAUACGACGAGGCAGCGAGUUAUAUCCAGACUAAGUUUGAGGACCUGAACAAGAAGAAGGACACGAAGGAGAUCUAUACCCACUUCACCUGCGCCACCGACACCAAGAAUGUCCAGUUUGUCUUUGAUGCCGUCACCGACGUCAUCAUCAAGAACAACCUGAAGGACUGUGGUCUCUUCUAA